AUGUCACCAUUCACAUUCCUUCUCAUUUCCAUUCUUUCCUCUUGCUAUCUCUAUUACUUAAUCGUGGUAAGAUUAGAAAGCUUUUCCCCUCGUUCCCGAAUUGUUCCGUACAAGGAAGAAGGUUUCUGUGGCAUGGAUGGAAAGUAUUACAACACGAGUCUCACUGCCGAAGAAGAACAAGCACCAGGUGCUCUCGAAUCCUCAUUCUCUCUCAACUCCAUCAUGCACAAAGGACCUUGCGGAAUUUGUUCCAAUCCACACGAUUACGAAAUUUACAAAUCCACACGAUUGACCUUGACUCGAACGGCAACAUUAUGUGCCGCUUCGUAUUUACUUUUAGGAGAAACUUCAUCUCGACUCUGUAUGAAACAUUUAACGAAUUUAACAGAUUCAUGUGUCGAGUGUUGGAUUUCGAAUAUUCAAUGCACGACUGCACAAUGUGCUCCGAUUUGUGUCAAGUAUUUUGUCCAGCACGUGUUAUGGAAGAAUGUGGUGUCGUCAUUCUAUGGAUUUCAAUCGCACGAGAAUGUGAAGAAGAACAACUUGGAAGAGAAUUCGGAACAACAACAAUUCGGAAAAACAGUCCAAUUGAAUCCAUGUUAUCAAUGUGAUGAAAUUCAAUGUGGACCUGCCUUUAAAAAGUGUUCGGGAUUGAAUCGAAGAAAUGCUGGAUUUGUGACAGAUAUUGACAGACCAGAGGAAGAAAUUUGGAAGAGAAAUCCAUGA